AUGUCAUUGCUAAGAGACAGAAAAGGAUGGGGAUCGGUUCUUCGUGGCCUCUUUUCGGCAGUUCCUCUGUUCUUUCUUAUACUCUUCAUAUGGAGCAUGACAAUCGAACAGCACGAUAAAGAGGUUAUAGAACGGUACAACAAAGAGGUGAGUCUUGCGCAGAGACAGCUGAGAAAGAGUAGGAGUCCGCCAAGACAAAAGAAUAAUGUCCAGAAAUGUGAUACCUGUGGAAGAGAAUGCAGGCCUCCUGGAACAGAGAAGCUUCCGAAAGGGAUUCUGGCGAAAACUUCAAAUUUGGAAGCACGGCCUUUGUGGGGGCGACCGGAGAAGAUAAAUGCUUCUAGAAGUUUAUUUGCUGCUGCAGUCGGGAUAAAGCAGAAGGAAAAUGUGGAUAAAAUGGUGCAAAAGUUUCUUGAGAGCAAUUCUGUUGUUAUGCUUUUCCACUAUGAUGGCGUUGUCGAGGGAUGGAAUGAAUUUCAAUGGAGUAGAAGUGUGAUGCAUAUAUCUGUCGAUAAUCAAACUAAAUGGUGGUUUGCAAAGAGAUUUUUACAUCCGGAUGUUGUAGCAGACUAUGAUUAUGUCUUCUUAUGGGAUGAAGACCUUGGUGUCGAUAAUUUCCACCCUGAUCGAUAUCUGUCGAUUGUGAAAGAUGAAGGGCUGCAAAUAUCACAACCGGCGCUUGAAGUUGGGCCAUCUGAGCUGCACCAUCUCAUCACAGCGCGGUGGAAAAAAUCGACUGUCCACAGAAGGGUCUAUAAGCUUGACGGGAAGGGCGUUCAAUGCAACGAUAACAGCUCCUCUCCUCCGUGCACCGGGUGGAUAGAAGUGAUGGCGCCGGUAUUCUCUGCAGCUGCGUGGCGCUGUGUUUGGUAUAUGAUUCAGAAUGAUUUGAUCCAUGCCUGGGGGCUCGAUAUGCGGCUUGGCUAUUGCGCGCAGGGUGAUCGAAUGAAAACUAUAGGGAUCAUAGAUGCUGAGUACGUUGUUCACUAUGGAUUGCCUACGCUCGGCGAGCCUGAGAAGGCCGGAGGAGAAGGAAGACAAUCUCAAGCGCAGCCAAACUCAAUCAACCGGAGACUUGAAGUGAGAAGGCAGUCGUAUAAUGAGUACAAGUUAUUCAAAAGACGGUGGAGCAAAGCCGUCGAGAUGGAUCAAUCUUGGAUCGAUCCGUAUCCGAAUGAUGAGCUCAACCAUAGCUCCCUUUGGCCACCUCUCAUGUGA